AUGCCCUCUCCUUUGGGUCCCGUUUCCUUUGAGGAGGUGUCCGUUGAUUUCACUGAGGCAGAAUGGGCCCUGCUGGAUCUGGGACAGAGAGCUCUGUACAGGGAAGUCAUGCUGGAGAACUACAGGAAUGUUGCCUUUCUGGCAGAGGAGGCUCAGAGCAAUGAAGAGGGCAAAGAACCUCAUCAGCAAAAAAAUGUCAGCAAUCGAGGCCGACCAAUGAGAAAGAAAGGCGGUCAUAUGCUUGAGAAGAGAGAUGGAAGACAGCAUAAUGUACAUAUUCCAAAGAACAGGAUAAUAAAGGCAAGAAAAUCCAUCUGGUGCAAAAAGUACUUCAGAAACAGAUCACAGCUCUUUGUACACCAAAGAAUACACGUAGUCGAGAAACUUCCUAAAUGCCCAGAGUGUGGAAAGAGAUUCAGUGUGACAGGGAAUCUUAAAUGGCAUCAGAGAACCCACACAGGGGAGAAACCUUUUGAAUAUUCAGUUUGUGAAAAGAGAUGCACUGUAAGUGGGAAUCUUCAAAAGCAUCUGACAACUCACACAGGGAAGAAACCUGUCAAAUGUUCAGCAUGCAGAAAAAGAUUCAGUCAGAGUGGCAAUCUUGAACUGCACCUAAGAACCCACACAGGGCAGAAACCUUUUGAAUGCUCAGAGUGUGGAAAGAGAUUCAGUGACAAUCGCAGUCUUCAACGGCAUCGAAGAAGCCACACAGGGGAGAAACCUUUCGAAUGCUCAGAGUGUGGAAAGAGAUUCAGUCACAGUAGUAGUCUUCAACUACAUCAAAAAUUCCACACAGGGGAGAAUCCUUUUGAAUGUUCAGAGUGUGGAAGGAGAUUCAGUCGGAAUGACCAUCUUCAAGUGCAUCGAAGAACCCACACAGGGGAGAAACCUUUUGAAUGCUUAGAGUGUGGAAAGAGAUUCAGUCAGACUGGCACUCUUCAACGGCAUCGAAGAAGCCACACAGGGGAGAAACCUUUUGAAUGCUCAGAGUGUGGAAAGAGAUUCAGUCACAGUAGUAUUUUUCAACUACAUCGAAGAUUCCACACAGGGGAGAAACCUUUUGAAUGUUCAGAGUGUGGAAAGAGAUUCAGUCACGGUGGUAAUCUUCAGAGGCACCAAAGAACCCACACAGGGGAGAAAUCUUUUGCAUGUUUCGAGUGUGGAAAGAGAUUCUGUGACAGUAGUAAUCUUCAUCAGCACCAAAGAACCCACACAGGGGAGAAACCUUUUGAAUGCUCAGAAUGUGGAAAGAGAUUCAGUCAUAGUGGCAGUCUUCGAAACCAUCGAAGAACCCACACAGGGGAGAAACCUUUUGAAUGCUCAGAGUGUGGAAGGAGAUUCAGUCGGAAUGACCAUCUUCAAGUGCAUCGAAGAACCCACACAGGGGAGAAACCUUUUGAAUGCUCAGAGUGUGGAAAGAGAUUCAGUGACAGUGGUAGUCUUCAGGAGCACCAAAGAACCCACACCGGGGGAAAACCUUUUGAAUUCUCAAAGUGUGGAAAGAGAUUCAGUUACAAUGGCAGUCUUCAAGAGCACCAAAGAUUCCACACAGGGGAGAAACCUUUUGAAUGCUCAGAGUGUGGAAAGAGAUUCAGUCAGAAUGGCCAUCUUCAACGACAUCAAAGAACCCACACAGGGGAGAAGCCUUUUGAAUGCUCAGAGUGUGGAAAGAGAUUCAGUCAGAGUUACAGUCUUCAGAGGCACCAAAGAACCCACACAGGGGAUAAACCUUUUGAAUGCUCAGAGUGUGAAAUGAGAUUCCGUUACAGUGCCAAUCUUCAGAAGCACCAAAGAACCCACACAGGGGUGAAACCUUUUGAAUGUUCAGAGUGUGGAAAGAGAUUCAGUUGGAGUGACCAUCUUCAACAACAUCAAAGAACCCACACAGGGGAGAAGCCUUUUGAAUGCUCAGAGUGUGGAAAGAGAUUCAGUCAGAGUUACAGUCUUCAGAGGCACCAAAGAACCCACACAGGGGAUAAACCUUUUGAA